AUGUUUCCGCUGCUCCCGGGAGGACACGCCGAGCAGCCGCACACCGUGCCUGGAUCCAGAAGGGAGCUCUAUGUCAACCACAGGGCGCAGAUCCAGCUAAAAAAAGCCAGCGCCGCUGCUUUCAGGGGGCGUAAACAGGUGCGAUCCAGAGAGACAAACUGGCCUCCUAUUAACAGGUCCUUGGAUGCCCCGCGGCGCAGCGUCCUGGGCCGCCCACUGCUUCCCAAUGGCCGGGAGUUGACCACGCCCACCAGGAUGACGCUGCGCGAGCAGCUGAGAGAGAAGAUCUCGGCGGCCUUCUACCGCCACGGGCUGCUGUGCGCGUCCUACCCCGUUCCCAUCAUCCUCUUCACCUCCGCCAGCAUCCUCACCUGCUGCUAUCCCUUGUUGAGGCUUCCCCUACCAGGCACAGGUCCGGUGGAGUUCACCACGGGGGUGCGGGACUACAGCAUCCCUUCCCAUGAUGCUCAGGGAGACCAAGGAGAACGGCCUGACUGGUACCGGGGUCCUCCGGUUGCCUACAUCCAGCAGGUGCUGGUGAAGGCAGCCGUGUCUCCGUGGGACGGCGGCCUGGUGCCGGUGGACGUGUUCCGGUCCCCGCUGGGUCAGGUCUUCAGCCUCCUGGAGGAGAUCCGCAACCACGUCCACUCCGACGGCUCCGGCAUUCGCAGCCUGGAGACGCUGUGUCUCCAGGUAACGGACCUGUUUCCAGGGUUACGGCGGAUGCAGUCGGUGCUGCCAGAGCACGGCUGCCUGCUCGUCUCUCCCGGCAACUACUGGCAGAACCAACGGGACCUGUUCGACUCGGACCCCGACCUCCUCAAGACCAUCCAGAAACACGAACCGAAAGGACUGCACACCUCAGCGACGCUGCGAGACCUCCUGUUUGGCGUUCCUGGAAAGUACACGGGGGUUAGUCACUACAACAGGAAGAGAGUGGUGACCUACACCAUCACCGUGGUGCUCUCCAGCUACGACGCUCGCUUCAUGAGCAGCUUACGGACGCGGCUGAAGCAGCUCCACCCGUCGGCCAACUGCAGUCUGAGGGAUGACCACAUGGUUCACGUCCACUUCAAGGAGGAGAUCGGCAUCCCCGAGCUCAUCCCCCUCGUCACCACGUACAUCAUCCUGUUCGCCUACAUCUACUUCUCCACACGUGAGUCCGGCUGUGCCCGAGUGGCGGUACCUAACCCUCUGUUCGCCGUUCCGUCGGGAUUUCGCCACUUUGUUGCUCGCCGCUGGACCUUUGGGCAGUCGGCGCACACAGAGCCGCCAAAGAUUCAAAGCCACGCCCGCAGCGCGUUUCUGUGUAAAAUCGACAUGGUGAAGUCCAAAUGGGGCCUGGCUCUGGCCGCUGUGGUCACCGUCCUCAGCUCCCUGCUCAUGUCUGUGGGGCUGUGCACGCUGUUUGGACUGACACCCACGCUCAACGGAGGGGAGAUCUUUCCGUACUUGGUGGUGGUGAUCGGCCUGGAAAACGUCCUGGUCCUCACAAAGUCUGUGGUUUCCACCCCCGUUGACCUGGAGGUCAAGCUGCGCAUUGCUCAGGGCCUCAGUAAUGAGAGCUGGUCUAUCAUGAAGAACAUGGCCACUGAACUCUGCAUCAUCCUCAUUGGAUAUUUCACUCUGGUUCCAGCCAUCCAGGAGUUCUGUCUUUUUGCUGUCGUCGGGCUCGUGUCUGACUUCUUCCUGCAGAUGUUCUUCUUUACAACAGUUUUGUCCAUAGACAUCCGCCGCAUGGAGUUGGCAGACUUGAACCGCCGGCUGCCAGCUGAAGCCGGUCUGCCCCCCCCAAAGCCAGGCCCCCUGCGAACGCGUGAGGUGCCCCCGCCGCCUCGCCCCUCCCCCCACACCAUCACCCUGCAGACGCCAGCCUUCCGGAACCUGCGGCUGCCCAAGAGGCUGCGCGUGGUGUACUUCCUGGCCCGCACACGGCUGGCGCAGCGCAUCAUCAUGGCGGGCACAGUAAUCUGGAUUGGCAUCCUUGUUUACACGGACCCUGCUGGCAUCAGCACCUACCUGGCCGCGCAGGUGUCCGAGCAAAGCCCCCUGGGAGACCCCGUGGCGGCCGGCCUGCCCCCGCACCUGGCGGUGGCUCCAGUUUUUCGUGGAGCAGACCCCACCAGCACCCUGAGCAUCCACCCUCCACCAGAUCCAACCCCUUUACCCGAAAACCAGUCGCAGGGCCACCACGAGGCGGCCAGGCCCGGGCCCCUCCCCCCGGCUCCUCCCGCCGUGCCUCAGAUCACCUGGGGCGCGGAGGAUGACGAGGGGUGGAGGAGGCUGUCUUUCAGGCACUGGCCUUCCCUCUUCGGCUAUUAUAACAUCACUUUGGCAAAAAGGUAUAUUAGCAUCCUACCCGUCAUUCCCGUCACCGUUCACGUCAGCCCCCAGGAGGCCAUCGAGACACGUCACCCCCAGGACACCAGGCACCCCCCGCCCCUCGUUCCCAAAGUUUCUGCCGACUUGCAAACAGACCUCACUCUCUACAAGGUGGCGGCUCUGGGGCUGGCGGCGGGCGUCCUGCUGGUUCUCCUGCUCUUCUGUCUCUAUCGGGUGCUGUGCCCGCGUAACUACGGGCAGAACGGCGUGGCUCACGGGCGCCGGCGGCGCGGAGACCUUCCCUGCGACGAUUACGGCUACUCCCCCCCCGUCAGCGAGAUCUCGCCGCUGCUGCUGAGAGGACACAGUAUGGACAUCGAGUGUUUGGCCAGUGACGGGAUGCUGCUGGCCAGCUGCUGUUUGGCCGGACAGAUCCGGGUCUGGGACGCCCAAACCGGGGACUGCCUGACCGUGAUUCCAAAGCAGAUCAGUGGCUGCUGGGAGCAGCGGGACGGCUGGGACGGCUUAAUCGGAGCGGCGGAUUCGGACUGUCUGGACCGAGCAGGUCGGGAUCCCUCUAUAGGGUGCGACAGCCUGUCGGAGGACGAGUGCUACCCCGUGCGCCGCCGCGCCGCCGCCCCGCCCCGCCCGGCCCUCUUCACCGACCAGCCCGACCUGACCCCGCUCAUCGACACCAACUUCACCUCCCAGCCCCCCCCCUCCCACCUCGCCACUCCGCCCAGAGGCGGCUUCGACUUCGGGGGCCUGGUGGAGCGCGCCUACAUGGAGCACGAGCCGCCCUCUCCCUCCGCCUACCCGUCCCCCUCCCCGGCCUCCUCCUCGCCGCCGUCCGGCGCCCAGCCCCAGAGGCGGCAGAGCUUAGGGGACGGAGCGGCGCUCUCCAACCCGGAGAAGGGCUCCGCCGCCGGGACCCCGGCCGCCGCAGACUUUGACAGCUCGGUGUGGGCCAUGGAGCUGAGAGGAAACCUGAUAGCGGCCGGGAGGAGCAGCGGCAAACUGGAGCUGUGGGACGCAGUGGAAGGAUCGCUGCGGUGCUGUAACGAAGACGGAGCGUCUGGGAUCACAGCUCUGGCUUUCCUCAACAACAGAAUCGUGGCGGCCCGUUUGAACGGGUCCUUGGACUUCUUCACGGUUGAGAUCCACAAGCCGUUGGGGCUGCUGCAGUACAGGGGCGCCCCGGGCCGAGGCAGCGUGCCCCCGUCCCCCUGCUACAGCAGCGAGGACGUGAUCAGCUGCCAGCUCACGCGCUCGGUGCAGUGCGCCCACCAGAAGCCCAUCACGGUGCUGCGGGCGGCCGCCGGCCGCGUGGUGACCGGCAGCCAGGACCACACAGUGCGGGUCUAUCGCCUGGAGGACUCGUGCUGCCUCUUCACGCUGCAGGGCCACUCCGGGGGCAUCACGGCCAUCUACAUCGACCAGGUCCGUCCUUCAGCCGGCCAUUUUUUUCUUUCUAUUUUGUGA